CACUUCUCUCCCUCUGGCACCAUCUGAAAUUGAAAAGACUGUCAUGACAUCAUACAAAUUGGUUAUUAAGUGUGGAAACUAUGCAGUCCUGGUAGAUCUCCACCUUAUGGCACAAGACUCCAGUGAGGACAAUGUGUGGCUUUCUGAUCAAAAGAGAGAGGAGAUCUGUAUGCUUCUGAAGGACACUGUUGAUUCAAGAGUGAAGCAGUACCUGAGAGCUCAUAAACGACAUGGUCAGGGGAAGCAAACGGAAUCCGCCAAAGCAAAUCCUUUGUUUAUGCAAGGUAAGGAACUCUUUAUAAAAUGA